CCCUGGCCUUCAGCUUCCUGCCCACCUUCCUUCCCGGUUCCCACCAAUUCCUCCACCCUCAUUUUAUAAUCAAUCCACAGCUUCAAUUUCUAUAUAUUAUUAUUCUUAUUCAUCAUCUAUCAACCAUUCCCUUUCAUUCUAACAAAACUGUUUUCAUCGAACCGAAACUCUGUCUCUCUCUCGAGAUCAGCCAUGUUAAUGCUCGUCAACUGUUCAAGCUGCCACACCCCACUGCAGCUCCCGCCAGGUGCCAAGUCCAUCCGCUGCGUCCUAUGCCAAGCUGUCACAUUCAUAGCCGACCCUCGCUACGCACCUUCUCCAUCUGCGCCCUCUAGCCACUACUACCAACAACCUCCGCCACAACUGCAGGGUCCCUCUCCUUACAAUCACGCGCCAUCCGGACCGCCACCGCAAGCUCACGGCAGCAAGCGCGCUGUCAUAUGCGGCGUGUCGUAUAAGAACACCGGCUACGAACUCAAAGGUUGCAUUAACGAUGCCAAUUGCAUGAAAUAUUUGUUGGUUAAUCGCUUCAGUUUUCCCGAGUCCUCCAUUGUCACGCUUACAGAAGAGGAAACUGAUCCUCACAAGCGCCCUACUAAACACAACAUAAGAAUGGCAUUGUAUUGGCUUGUUCAAGGUUGUCAACCAGGAGAUUCCUUGGUGUUCCAUUAUUCUGGUCAUGGCUCACAGCAAAGGAACUACACUGGAGAUGAGGUGGACGGAUAUGAUGAAACACUUUGUCCAACAGAUUUUGAAUCUCAGGGAAUGAUUAUUGAUGAUGAAAUCAAUGCUACAAUUGUCAGGCCUCUACCUCACGGGGUUAAGCUUCAUGCAAUCAUUGAUGCUUGCCAUAGUGGCACUGUAUUAGAUUUACCAUUCCUCUGUAGAAUGGACAGGCAUGGGAAAUAUGUCUGGGAGGAUCAUCGCCCUCGCUCAGGGAUGUGGAAAGGAACAAGUGGUGGGGAAGUCAUUUCCUUCAGUGGCUGUGAUGAUAACCAAACUUCUGCAGACACUUCGGCACUAUCAAGGAUUGCCUCUACUGGUGCAAUGACUUACUCCUUCAUCCAAACCAUUGAGCGUGGGCAUGCAACUACUUAUGGUAACAUGCUAAAUGCAAUGCGUUCUACCAUUCAUAACACAGAUGAGCAUGAGGGUGGUUUCAUUUCUUCUCUUCUCACAAUGCUCUCAACAGGGGGAAGUCUUGGUGGUGGAUUGAGACAGGAACCACAGUUAACCGCCAGCGAGGCAUUCGAUGUGUACAAAAAACCUUUCUCCCUGUAACUGUUAAACAUAUUAUAUCAUGCUUGACUCUUUUGAGGAAGCCGCUGAAGUUUGUACAGUUCUUGAGGGAAAAAAAGAUUACGUCUUCUUUUGUCCGUUAACUUAUAAAUCAUAAUCAUAAAUGUUUUCAUAUUCUUUCUCUGACGUAUUCAUUUUUAUCUUCAACUAAUUCUAGC